CCAGCCGACGGCCACUCACUUCGCCUGGCUCCUGCGCUUCCACCACCCACCGUUGCAGACAAAAGAAAAAACGCGAGCACGACGACGAGCUGAGGAUUCAUUGAACACCAGAGGAGGAGGAGGAAGAAGCGUGCCGCAAGCGGUCCGGUCUCAUGGCGCCCUUCGCCGUCCUCCGCUCGUCGUCUCCGGUGGUGGCCGCCGCCGCCGCCGCGACGGCGCCGUCGUUCAGUCGUCGCAUGUCCAGCCACGCAUCUGCACUGCGCAUCAUCUCCAGCAAGAGCCGCGUCUCGUGCAGGGGCAGGGCAUCCAGCAGGUCGCUGUCCAUCAGGUGCGAGCAGCAGAGCGCGAAGCAGGGCGGCGGCGGCGGACCCGACGUGUGGCUGGGCCGCGCGGCCAUGGUCGGCUUCGCCUCCGCGAUCGCCGUCGAGGUCGGCACCGGCAAAGGCUUCCUCCAGAACUUCGGCGUGGCUACUCCGGCGCCGACGCUGGCGCUCGUCGUGUCGGGGCUCGUCGUCGGCCUCGUCGUCUUCUUCCUGCUCCAGUCCGGAGGAGGCUCGCGAGGGCGAGACUGAUGAACACGCAUCGACACAUCGCAAUGUAGUAACUGACGCUCAUCUGCAAAAGCACUCCUCGUGUGUACUGCUCAAACUGUGUCCAUCUUCUUCAUCAAACCAAAAUGAAUGAGAAAGAAAAGAUCAAAAUUUUCGGCCUGAUCAAUCCCAGCCGCGUACUGUA